CCUGUGUGUGCAUUCAUUAACGGGGGUGGGGAGAGUAGAAAUGGGGAAAUACUGUCACUGCACCUCCUCCUUCAGAUUUGACAAACAGACCGAAGGGAAUAAAAGACGAAGCAGGAGUUUUGUUUCAUUAGGUGUGCACACUAUACAGACAUGGGUUGCAAACUCUUGUUUGCUCUUUUUGUCUGCCUUUUGAUGGCAACCUCUGAGGCUGGAAGGCAGAUGCCUAAACUAUCGGAUAAAAAACUCUGCGCUGACUCUGAAUGCAGCCACCCUAUCUUGAUAGCUCGUGCAGUGCAGGACUACUAUCCAGGUGAUUGCAGGUUCAUCCCCAUCAGACAGGGGCAGCUCGUCUAUGUUUAUGCACUUCUAAAAGACAGAGGCAACCUCUUCUGGGCAGGCAGUGUACAAGACUCCUAUUAUGGACAGCAGGAAGCUCGCAUUGGCCAUUUCCCCAGCAGCGUAGUUGAGGAGACACAUGCUCUUGUUCCAGCCAACACUGAAGUCAAAACUACUAAAUGGGACUUCUACUGCUACUGAUGUCUUACCAAGAAAUCCCUACAUGAUCUACAUUCAAUACAUGAUUGUAAAAAGUAUGCAUAAGUGCUGAUUAAAUCUCUGUCUGACCGUUAAACAUAAACUUCAUUCUGUUUAUGUAAAUUUUGCAGAUAGUAAAUAAUGCUUUUGAAAAAGAGAUAAAUGUAAUUCUUGUUGUAUUCUGUGUCACAGAAAAUAUGCAUUAGUGAUGCAGAAUUUUUUUUAUUAAAGGAGACUUUUGCAAUUGUGUCUAAUUCAAUAUGCUACAAAAAUUUGAAUUUAAUCCCAGAUUUUUGUUCUAUAUCUACUAUAAUAAAAAUUGUCCAAAAUU